AUGGGGCUACAACAAUCGAAAGAGGAGUCGCUGUAUAAGCAAGUCAACCACGGUGACAUAGAAGGCAUCAAAGCUCUUCACUCCCAAGGUGCUGGCCUCGAGUGGACGGAUAGAGAAGGGAAGACUCCACUGAUUGCGGCUUGCAUGACUCCGGAGCUUAAUAAUGUUGCCAAGACUUUGAUAGAAUUGGGUGCCAAUGUUAAUGCAUACAGUCGGGGUAUGUAUAUGGGUAGAGUGACUCUUCUUAAGAAUAUUUUGAGUGGGUUUUAA